UUUUGGAGCCUAGCCCAGUCACUUCAGCAAUUUUAAUCUUAAGCGCACAACCGCAAUUUGGGAAACCCUAACCCUAAGCUAAUGGGUUUUUUUCCUUCAUCACCAUCAAGGCCCGGUCUCCCGAACUUCUCAGCAACGACCCUCCCUUGCUCAUCUCUCCCUUCAUUUUACGUUGGCAGUCACGCAAUUCGCUUUGCCAUCGGAUCCUUGUGAUUCUUAAUGGGUGCUCCGAAACAAAAAUGGACAGCUGAGGAAGAGUUUGCACUUAAAGCUGGAGUUGCCAAGCAUGGAUCGGGCAAUUGGCGCACAAUAUUGAGAGACCCGGAAUUUAGUGGCAUCUUGUUUUUGCGCUCAAAUGUUGAUCUCAAGGAUAAAUGGAGAAACAUGCGUGUGACUGCAAAUGGAUGGGGAUCUCGAGAGAAGGCUAGGGUAGCAUUGAAAAAGAGCCGAGCUAUUCUUAAACAUGAUGACAAUCCACUAUCUCUUAGUACAGAGGUUGAGAACGUUGAUGAUGAACUCAUUGAUCACAAGCCUCCUGAAAUUUCCAGCGAAAUUGUGCAGAUUACUGGUUCAAAGAGACCCGUUUCAAAGAUGGAGGACCUUAUAAUUGAAGCUAUAACAUGUUUGAAAGAUCCCAAGGGUUCCAACAAGACAGCUAUAGCCAUAUAUAUAGAGGAUCAACACUUGACUUUUCCUGAUUUUAAACGAUUAUUGUCUGUAAAGCUGAAGGAAAUGACUGGAUGGGGGAAACUGAUUAAGGUGAAGCGCAAAUAUAGAAUGGCACCAAGCCCGGCUAUGGUAGAAGGUAGGAAAUUGAAAGCAUCACAUCUUGAAGUAAGGCAGAAGGAAACCUCAAAAGAGGAUAGAGAUGAUAAAUCUAUCGCUAAACUUCAAGUUGAUGCUGAGCUAGCUUGGAUGAGAAAUAUGACAGCUCAAGAGGCUGCAGCAGCUGCUGCUCAAGCAAUAGCUGAGGCAGAAAAAGCAAUGGCCGAGGCUGAAGAAGCAACACGAGAGGCAGAAGCUGCUGAAGCCGAUGCUGAAGCAGCGAAAGCCUUUGCAGAGGCAGCAAUGUUGACACUGAAAAACAGAAAUACAACUAAGCUGAUGAUCCGCACAUGAAGAGGAUUCAGUGGAGCCUUUUCGAAGUUUUGGAAUAUCUAAUGCCCAUGACGCUGCAUCAUUUUUUAUCAGGGUUCUGUAUGACUGGCACUGAUGUGUCUUGCAGAUAUCUUGAAGAUAAUCAUCUUUAAUUUUUUUUCCCUCUAGUUCAGCUUGUAAUCAUUCCUUCUUAAUCAUUCUGUUCACAUUAAUGGAUUUUUUGAGUAAUGAGUUUUUCACUACAAAGUGGUUUAUUUGUUCUGUUCAUAUAUACGGCAUUCAAGCAUUCAUAAAUUUUUUUUUCUGAUA